UGUUUUCAUGUGUACUUUCCUCUAACAUUUCAAUGAUUGUUGAUGUUAAAAACAGCACAAUGUGAAGACAUUGCAGUGGGAACAAUGUAAUAAUCUUGAAACCAAAAAGAAUGUAAUCGAGGACUUGCAACAAAGUAUCGAGUCAUGACGGAAGAACACGCCCCCGCGCUCUCAUUGGUCUGGGCUAUAUUCAACAGCUUGGCCUGUCCAUUGACGUCACGGACGUCAGUCUUCGCACAUGGAAUUGCGAAUCAGUUGCGCUUUUGCGCUCCAGCCUGCCGAGCUCACGGACGCGCGAGAAUAUCCCCCGCUCAUCGGUGCUGCGCACGGGCUGAGGACUGUAUUCCGACACCCCACUGUAGAGCUUUUAUUUUUAUAAGUUGGCUUUUUUAAUUUCGUUUCUUCAGCAAGACUGAUCUCUCCUUUACGCGAUGGAGAAGAUGUCUCGACCUCUUUCUAUAAACCCAACUUUCCUACCUCCGACCCACGGCGUCCUGAAAUCCCUGCUGGAGAACCCCAUGAAGCUGCCCUUCCACCACGAUGAAGGUAAAGGGUUUGGGAAAGAGAAAGAGAAGGAGAAGAAGUUGGAAGAGGAUGGAAAUGCUCUCAACACUCCUCAGUCUGCCUUCUUGGGCCCAACGCUGUGGGACAAGACCCUGCCAUAUGAUGGUGACAACUUCCAGCUGGAGUAUAUGGAUUUAGAGGAGUUUCUGUUGGAGAACAAUAUUCCCGCCAACCCUGGGAGCGAGCAGAGCCAGCCUUCCCAGCAGCCCCUGCAGCAGCAGCAGCAGCAGCAGCAGCAGCCACCCUCCGCCCCGCCCACGCCUUCGGUGGUGGAUCUCAGUAACCGGCCGGCCUCGUCUGCUCACUCCGGAAUCGUGGGCCAGAACUGCCUCCAGAGUCCCAGCAGAACAGUUACCUCCUCACGUGACACACCCAGUCCUAUAGAUCCAGACACCAUCCAGGUUCCGGUCCGGUACGAGCCUGACCCCGCUGACCUCGCCCUCUCCAGCGUCCCGGGACAGGAAAUCUUCGACCCACGCAAGCGCAAAUUCUCAGCCGAGGAGCUGAAGCCACAGCCCAUGAUCAAGAAGGCACGCAAGGUCUUCAUUCCAGAGGACUUGAAGGACGACAGAUACUGGGCACGGCGCAGAAAGAACAAUGUUGCAGCCAAACGCUCCCGGGACGCUCGCCGGCUGAAAGAGAACCAGAUCGCCAUCCGCGCAGGAUUCCUGGAGAAAGAGAACACGGCACUCAGACAGGAAGUGGCCGAACUGCGGAAGGAACUCGGCCGCUGUAAGAACAUUCUGGCCAAAUACGAGGCGCGACACGGCCCUCUGUGAGCCCCUCCCACCCCACACAAACCCCGCCCACCUCCACAAACGCCCCGCCCACCACCAACCCCCCAGGGACUUCUGCGCGCCUCUUUGAGGCGACAAAUUCUCCUUUCCUUUUUUUCACGUUUCUCUUUUCACUUCUCUCUUUACAAACCCAGUUUGCGUUCUUUAGUUUAUUUUGUAUUUCAUGCGUGUCUUUUUCCUUUUGUGUAGUUUCGCACAUUCACUUCUCUCUCUUUCCUUUUAUUUGUUUCGUUCAUCCAUUUAUUCCUUCACCAACGAUGGAUCGUUUAUCUGGAAAUGGUUUUCUCUGGAGUGUUUUAUACACCUGUAACACGGACUGAUGAAUAUUUUCCUCGCCGCUCACCCUCCUGUCUGUCAAUCAACCGCUCGGCCCACCCCCCUCUUCCCAGAGGCUCCGCCCACUUCCUGUUGCUCGAGCUUCUUUUUGUGUAUAUUAAUAUAUUUUAGUUGAAUAGCUGUAACGCACCGACACCUUUCGUUCUGUGAAGUGUGUAAAACACUAGCUAGCGUAAGAACAUGAUGUUUGUUUUGUUCUUUUCCUAUUCUAUGUGUUUUGUCUGUUUUAUUUCACUAUUUCUUUUAAACCAACACCAGCGUAGUUUUUGGCGUCUUUCCCGCAUUGUCCAUGGAGCAAUAAGCCUGAAUCUCUUCAGAGGGCAAAACACAUGAAAUGUAAGCUAGAUUCUUCUACUCUAAAGUUUCCGCAAAGCCUGUUUCAUAGCGCCAUCAUUUCUGCUGUAGUGCGGAAACUUUACCUUCAAAACUUUCCCUCCAAAAAUGCUGAAUCCAUAUUUGUCUGUCUUUCUGUCUCGCUCUAACUCCCUGCACUAAUGCGUGUGUCACAAUCUGAUCUGGUGCAAUGUUUCUACCUAUACUAUAAUCUGCCUGAUAUAUUUAUGGACUUUCGGGUUUUUUUUUUUUUGGUUUUUUUUGAAUGGAAGAAUCUUUUUCAAAAAAUAUUCAGCUGUUAAUUACUACUAUUGUUAUAGCUGUUCUUAUUGUUAUGGCUGUAUAGUAAUUUUUCCUGAUUGUUUAUUGUUUUAUUGGAUAUUUCAGCAUGACUAUUGUUUCAGAGUUGCAGCCUAAAUCUAAUUGUGAAUGGGUCUUUUUCUUUUUUUUUCUCCUUUUUUAGGAUGGACAAUUAUUCUAUUCUCUCUUUUUAUUUUAAUUGUUAUAUAUAUAUAUAUAUAUAUAUAUAUAUAUAUAUAUAUAUAUAUAUAUAUAAUUUUUUUUUGUUUUUUUUUUUUACCCAGAGCAUGUUUUAGAAUUUUGAUUUGUCAGUACAAGCAGAUAUUUGUAGAUUUAUUUUCUUUCUUUUUGUUUUGUAGCUUAGCGUGUCUGUCGGCUGUAUGACUGUAAUGAAUGUGUUUUAAGAGGUUUUGAGGCGUUCGUUGAGCAGUAAGGUGUUGUCUCAAAUACUGUGGUUGAAAUCAGUUUGUUUACUGCAGACCAAAAGAUAUAGCACACAGAUUUAUUGAUAAAACAGAGUUUUAAUGUUUAUAUAUAUAUAUAUAUAUAUAUAUAUAUAUAUAUAUAUAUAUAUUUACAUAUAUAUGAAAUCUAUUCUAAGUAGAUUUUUUUUUUUUGUACAGUAUUUUUCCUAUUCAAUACUGUCUGAAUAUUUUCAAGGCACAACAAAUCCAGAGUAGUGCAAGAGAAAAGUAUGAUAGCUUACAUAUAUAUCUAUUAUUCAGAGCUAAGAGACAUAGUGUUUUGAUAUAUUAUGAAGUAUAUAACUGGGAGUAAAUGCAAAACCCGGCAUGUCCUCGAUUUUGGGCAUUAAAAACCUUCUGCACCCUCAUAUUCAAAUAGCCUUUAGUAUUCUGUCUCAGGGAACGCUAGCAGCCGGACCUCAAACCAUAACUCGUAAUAAAUAUUAAAUAUAUAUAUAUAUUGCUGUGUUCUGUACAUCAGUAGUUUUUUUUCCCAUAGGAAGGAGCUGCAAUCCCUCAGUCUAAACUCACACUCUUGAUGCUGUGUAAUGAGUUUCAUUGCAGAGCAUUUUACAGUAUUGCUAUUGGUUCUUUGAAUGGAAAUCUAAAGGCUAUGCUUUUUUGGUCUAUACAAUUGAGUCUUUUUCACAGCAGAGUGUUGAUAUUGAAUGUUUACUGCGGCAGCUCUGAGAGCUUUUGCUUGGUUGAAUGUUAGAAAAGUCUUGGUGUCGAUGGAGUCACUAGGUUUGAGUACAAGGUUUCGUAAGGUUCUGUAAAAGUUUUUUUUUUUUUUUUUUCUGGUCCGAGAUCAGUUUUUUUUAACUCUGUUUAUUCCAUUAGAAGUUACAGGGUUUAAAUCCAGGACUUCUGAUCUCAGGUCAGAAGUUGUGUUUGAUGCGCUGGUGACUUUGUCGACAGUAAAAGUCCUCGUCUGCCCCAGUUCAGGCCAAAGUUGAGAUGUGCACAGAGUUUUAUUAUUGAGGAUUGAUGGGGCAGAAAUGAUGCUGUUUUUUAUUGUUUCAUUUAAUUUCCCUUGAUUUUCUUCCUCAUGUCUGUUUGUUUGUGGUAUAAAUGCAGAUGUGAGACAUGUGUAUAAAGCCCUGUGUAGACUGUUUCUAUCUGUGCAAAACUGAAUUAAAACCAGGAUUAAGCCAAACCGCUUCUCGUGAAUAAUGACCCCCGAAAAUACCUCCCUGAGGGCGUGAGGAAGACCCAACCCAGUUUUCAACAUUUCACCAAUGUGUUCCUCUCCUUUUUAGAUGGGAAAGUUAUUACAGGUUAAAUAGGUCCUAGGCCACCAUUUAUGCUUCCUUCAUGUGCUAUCAAAAUGACCUUAAAUAUUAACAAAUUGGACAUGAACUGCCUAUCAGGUUGUAUUCAUGACUUGGAAACUGAGUUCAUUUUGAUAGCCUACCUGGUUUUCCAAGUUGUGCGAUUCAUAAAUUUUAAACAUGGCGGAAGAAAGAACAAUUGUUGUAGUGACGGCUGUAACAUUAAUGAAAUUUCGCACGCACAAAAUAACCAUUUGCAAUUGUCACGCAACUUAAAAAGCAUUGUUCACACAGAAAUAAUAUGUAACCAACUUGAAAACUAACGUUUUCGCUAUCGCGCGGAUUCCUAUUGGAAUGACUGGAUUUCGCCCGCGAAUUUUCGCUGAAAAAGAACAAAACAGUAAAUGUGAUUUUCCUUACAUCCAUGUAUAUUGACGUAUAACAAAUUGGUGUGUAUUAUGUAUUUUACACAGUGAAAGCAGCAUAUUUCACUGAGGUUAAAGAAUAAAGCAGCAAGUUUACCAUCUUAAUAUUUAGCGCGGGUUGUAAACCAAUCUGAUUUUAUUCAAAAUACGUUGCAUAUUUAUAAAAUAUCUAAUACAUUUUGGCUUUUAUAAGAUUUUCCUAAGUAUAGACAAUAAACCCGGUGUCCUUCAUGAUUUCUAUUCUUUCAACCUCAAAGCAACUGAAGGCGAUUAAUUCGUAACCAACUCCAGAAAAGAGACAUUUCCGAUAGCACGUGAAGGCAGCUGGACAUUUUGGCAAUACAUAGCAGAUCAUCUUGUAUUCACAUAAAUCUAUCGUUAGAUGUAGCCUAACUUUAAAGGCCAUAUCCAUAAUCUCAUAAAUUCAUUUUUGUAGUAGGCUAUUCCCUGGGAAGGACACAGCAGUGAGAUUGUGUGAAACUGGUUGGCGUCUCUCUUUGGUAAAAUUCACUACCUCAGUCCUGAAAGGAACCUAUAACCACAUUGAACCUGUUUAGUCCAGUGCCUUGAAUUACCACAUACGAUUCCACACACAUUUUAAAGCUUAAAUUAACCUACUUGGACCGGAUCGGACCUGCAUGAAAAGGGCUCCCGCGCUGCUCCAAUCAGACUGACCCCAAAAUCCUACCCUUAUUCGACACAAACUCAGAAUUCAGACGGUUCGUCUUGAAAAGACAAAAACCGCCGUAUUGAAGGCAACACCUGCAGACAGUCUAUGAGAGAGACUCAAAGCUGGAGAUGUUUGAUCUUGUGUGUCACGUAAAUGGAAGCAGAAACCUGAACCUUUACUGUCUGUUGCCACCUUUUGACUCCUUGUUUCUCUGUACAUUUAGUGUCCAAUAAAGACUUCAGUUUUUCUCUCAAAA